AUGCUCACGCCGACAACUCUUGCUCCCACCUUCAACCCGUUCGGGGACACGCCUGCGGUGGAUCUGACGCGAUGUCUGCCUCUUGAAAACGACUCCGAGUCGGCAGACGCUCGUGUAGACAUCCUCCUCCUGGGCAGCCGGGACUUGAGGCAUAUUUUGCAUACGUGCUACACAAAGAGGGGUUCCCCCCGCAAUGUGCUGUUCUUGACGCUCCUCGUUGCUAAGGGGCAGACGACUCCAAGCAGCAUCCUCUGGAAUUUGUUCUAUGAUCUGUAUCUCGGUGAAGAAUCAGUACAAGUACUCAAGACACACGCCGAGGAGCUUCAGAAUAUCUCCACUUCACUCACCAAGUGGGAAGAGGGAAGAUUCGGCGACAAGGUGCGCUUUGGGGACGCAAGCACCCUCGCCUCUGUCCACGACAUCUGGUCUGCGUACCUUGACUUCUUGCGAAUCAAGGAUACACACGAGUACCACGCCAAUUUUACGAGGUCCUUGGACAAGACGAAGGAACUCCUGAAACACAACAAUGACUGCGGAGAGGCGCUGAAAUAUCGAGGUGCCAGGGCAACCGCACCCCUCGGCUUCCAAUCCUUGGGAGACAGCGGCCUGAGAGCUGCCCUGGAGGCCUGGCUGGGAACAGGACCACUUGGUAUUUCUAUCAAAGAGAACAAGAUCCCGAAUCCCCUUUUUGCAUUCUCAAUGCUUGGUCAUACUCUUCAGACAGCAAACAUGCUGCCACCUACCACCAUCCUGUCACCCGCUUGUAACCCUCUCUUGGGCUUUCACCUAGCCGCAGCCGAGGCACAGCUCACCGAGACCUCGCCGCUGCGGGCUCUCAAUCCUGGCCAUGAAGCGCAAACACCUGAAUCCAGGAUCAUCUCGUCCGCUCAGCUCCAGUUCUCAGAAUGGUCGAAGGCCUUGCAGGAACUAUCACCCAAGCACCUCAUCGUACGCUUCAUAUCGGCCGACUGUCUCGCAUUCUGCCACACACUCCAACACCAAGUGCGGACAGGGGAAGCUACAGCAAGCCUCUACAGGCGACAAUUUAGCCCAUAUCCGCUCGAGUUGGAUACACGCGAGUAUGUCCUAAGAGAAGCUCCAUCACGGUUCGAUGUGAUUGAGACGGGAGACCUCUCUGAGUUUUCAGGCACACUGAACGUCCUCGUUUCGGCUGGGCCGCUGCUCAAGGACAAGGCAUGGACCACUUUGUAUACAGAGAUAACGACCGACGAUACUGGCACACAGUUGGACACGCUCCUUGGCGGACCAUUCAGAACUGUGUCGACACUACUAGGGAUCAGCCCUGCGGAGUACUGGACAAAUGCUGCGGCAGUGUCACACAUUGAUGCCUAUAUGCUUGCCGCCUCAGCUGCUCAGGCCGCCCUAUCAGUAUCUCACAUUCGAUAUCACCUGUCCUGGAAAGAGAACCGCCAUGCAAGUGGCCAACCACCUGGGGUACGGCUCAGAGUGGACGCAUCUAGCCUAGCUGACCUCCUACUGCUUGUCUAUGAGUAUAUGUUGAGACAGCACACCACACCUCGUGUUUACCACCACGGAAGCUUUACUGCCUUCAUGAAGAGGUUGCUACAAUGCAUCGACACUGAUAGGCAGACUGUCUGCGAACGAGUACUUGACAGCAUCUCUAAUCCGGAACUAUCACUUGCACUGUCAAUGCAGGGACUGUACAGUCCGGUCCGGUCCGAGGCCGAGAAAAUCGAAAGGAACGCACUUUCGACGUGGCCUAGCAUCCCUGAAGGAGUCUACAUCACUAUAGCGGUCCCAGCUGACCAGUUGAAACCUCUAGAGCAGGUUGACAGUUCGAGAAUAAUUCCUGUUGCGGUUCAGGGAUGCAUUUCGGUGCAAGACGGCGACCAGCAGCCUUCACAAAGCGUCUUUGACGAUGUCCAGAUCAGCUUUGGCAAGACUGAGUCCUUUAGUGAAGGUGUUGAAUCGGAGCCUCUGAUCACGGUCUGGCCAGCUUUAGGUACGGACAUGAUCGUAUCGUUCUGCGUGCCAGCAUCAGCAUUGCAGCAUGAUCCCAGUCGCACCAAGGUGUCUCUGCGUGUGCAGAGCAGCGACAGCAAUCGAAAGAUAUUUAGACUCGCAUCAGACAUGGACAAUGUGUUGGAAAUAUUCAGUAGCAGCCUGGAAAACACAAGCGCUGUAUACAUCACCAGACAUCCGACACGCCAGCUUGAUUACCCCGUGUACAACAGCCUGGAACCGGACUCUCGAACCCAUUCCGACCAUCAGGAGAGUGAACCGCACUUUUCGUGUGAACUGGACUCAUCAGGGGUCAUUACAGCCAUCACUGGCCAUCUACCCAUAACAUCCGCGAAGGGAAAGCAGUUAUUGGCUGAAAAGGCUGCCGUAGAGACACGCAAGAUGUCUCCGUGCGUAUUCCAGGUGCUCUUGGGAGACCGGGGCUUGGUACUUGAACUCAACUUUCCCGCGCCAGUUGUCAAGGAUGGGAGCAAGACACGCAUCGCCCGGACGUCAGGAUACAUCGAGAUCCUAGCGCCGCUCGCUGAUCCCGUCAAGUCGCAGGAACUGGACGACUUCAUCUUUCCGACUAUCUCCGCAGAGUUCUCUGGAAUCUCUGUGCCCCUCGCGCUCAAUCUCCCCCUUGUGAACUUGGACACCCUACCUGCUCUUGAUCUAUCUAAGAGGGAACAACUCAGUUUCCUCUCUACCUUGACGUCGUCCAUGUACUCUGCUCGUGAGCGCAAAGUGCGCGACAAAUUGCAGUCCUCAAGCACCACGCAUCUUGCCUCAUCGGCUCGCAUGAACUUCAAAGAGUCCUUGUUCUCAAUGUUCAUGCUGUCCUCCGGGCUGCAGGGCGGCCAGACAGGGCUCUUCUCCCUCAGUCACCCUAAAAGCGGCAACCACAUCCUCCUUUUUGUAUCCGCCAUCCGUCUCGACGCCGCCAAUGCCAACGUCGUUAUUGACGCGGCUGUCAUACCACUCACAGAGGACCUUAUCAGCUCCGGCGUCCUGGAGACAUUCCUCCUCAUUCUACGCAACCUCGAGUGCGGCAGCCUCAUUGUCGACGAUGCCGAGCUCGUGCUGUGGAAGAAGGCACUUCCGGCCUUUGCUGAGCGGUGCAGGACCUGGAGCCACAGGCCUUCGCCGGGGUGUGAAUACAUGCAGCCCGGAGCCAAGAUCCCGCUGAGCACUGACCCUGGCCGGCCGGUGAUCUGCAACUGUGGUGUCGGUAAACUACCUGACAGCUUUAUCAGCCUUCCUGAGUGGGACACAGCCUCGCAAUUCGCGACACGCAUCGCCAUUAGCCCUUUUUACGCCUCGUACUUAGUAGAGGAGGUCAUCGACCCAAAGAUGCUGAAGGAUACCGUCGCAGCUGCUACUGGAAGGGGAAUGUCGGUUGGUGAGACCCCACGGUGUCGAAAUUGCGGCACGAGUGAAGAAGACAAAGAUGGGGUGGUACUCAAGAAGUGCGUACGCUGCCUAAAAGCUCGAUACUGCUCGGUAGAGUGUCAGAAAAAGGACUGGAAGAAGCAUCGCAUGGAAUGUGAGGAGGUGGGAGAUCGUCCGUAGGCCGGAAAUGGAUUAUAGAGGGAAGGUAUCUGGGCCGGUCUGUGGGAUCUCGGUGUCUUUAUGGAAGAGCAUGACAGGUUAUGGACAGAGCCCUCUGCGCUCUUUUGAUAGUGAAAUAACAGUAGGUAAGAGAUAGUGAUUGUCAUUCCCCGUUGGGAUC